GCAAGCGCAUUUGCUAGUGGUUCACAAAACCCAACGGGCAUUCCCUCCACCUCGAGCCCACAAACUUUCGUUCACAUACCCCGCCACCCACUACCAACUGAAAGCAGUCAUUAUAAAGCAAAACAAGAGCAUAGAAAAAGCUUCAGAAGCAGAGAAGAGAAUCAUAUAAUGUCAAACAAAGCUCCCAUUUUUCCGAUACCAGAACCUCAACACUUUACUGACUACGGCUUUGACCCUCAAGUAGACCAUUUUCAGGUUUUGGAAGAAGCCAAGAAUUACAAGGAGAGCUUAACAUCCAUAGACACGCUGCACUUUAAGCUUCAAAAACCAAUAUCAACUGAUGAACAUUCCAAAAAGAAGAUCAAGAAGAGCAAAAUGCGGUGGUGGAGGAACGCCUUGCUCUUUUUCAAGUGGAACAAAUGGGCUCCACGUAGCGGCGGAGCUACCACCGCCUCUGGCAGUUGCAAUAAUAUUAAUCACCACCGCAUAGGAUCAAUAUCUGGUCCUGUGUACAUUACUGAGAGCAGAAGUGGAUCUUCCACGCCUUACCGGAUCACCACAAACCGACCGUCCUCGGGUCCACUCGCCGAGAGUUUGAGUAAAGAUGAGGUGGAGAUUCCUUACCUUAGCCUCAGGGAGCUUAACAUGGAACACCGCCAUAGGAUUUCAACCUCAGCCAUGCCAAUUUAUCUGGUCACGUAAUUUGUUGGACCGACCCCUUUUGUCCUAGAAUUGUGCAUCAAGACAUUAUUAUGUUUGAGUUCUAAUUUUCAUUGUCGACAUUUUGAUUUUGGUGCCGUGUUCAUAGUCUUGCGAAUCUUUAAUAGAAUGAAUUAGUAAUUCGUAUUUUUAUAUGUUAAAACUUGAAUUUUAGAAUAGAAAGACUGGAUUUGUUGA